GUUCCUUACCCUCGGUUUUAUCGACUAAAAAAACCAGAAAAUAUUAGUCUUAUAUCACAUUAACCCCCACGCAAAUUCUUUUCUUUCUCACACACACACACAAAGCGGUGAUCUGAAAUUCAAAUAAUUAUAAAAAGAAAGAAGCCAUGAGUAGUGCAUCAGCAGCAUUAUCAAAUUCAUUGGUUUUACCUAAUCAAAAUGCAUCUGGUUCCUCUCUGAAGUCGCUUGACCAAAGUACCACAUUGUUGUUCGGACAAAGUCGUGUUGGUAAUUUACAAUUACGCACCUCUAAGAGAACUCUUUCUGUUCAAGCAAGAUACAGUGAUGAUGGAAGAUCGAGCAGCGGCAGUGCCUUUGUUGGUGGAUUCCUUCUUGGAGGAUUAAUUGUUGGCACACUUGGUUGUGUGUAUGCACCUCAGAUUAGCAGGGCACUAGCUGGAACUGACAAAAAGGAGUUGCUCAAGAAGCUGCCAGCUUUCAUUUACGAUGAAGAAAAAGCUUUGGAGAAAACACGCAAAAAACUGGCGGAGAAGAUAGCACAGCUGAAUGAUGCUAUUGAUGAUGUAUCUUCUCAGUUGAAAUCAGACGAUGAGGGGUUAAACUCUAAUGAUGCUAUUGUUCCAGAAAAGUCCCAGUCCGUUGCUUGAAAUUUCAUGGUUUUGUCAUCAAAGAUCUUCAAUACCUGUACGCAAGAUUCGUUCUAAGAAAUAAUAGGGUCAACCUUUUAUGUUCUCUCUUGUGUUUUUGACUUCCAACAUAUGUGGCUAUAAAUUUGUCUAUGCGAACCUUCAUCUUUUUAUAAUUACAAUACGUGUUUCGUUUUCUUCCCGUGAUAA